UUGCUCACUCGCUUCCUGCUUCUCCACAUUUACAGACCUAACCAAACGAUGUUUUCUGCAGCCUGCUGAACAGACUUGAAAUUCAACAUGCCAAAAGGAGAACAUAAAUCUGCAGGUGACGUUUCAGCAGACGACAGUGUUGUCACUGUUGUGCUUCUGGGACAAAACAGCACUGAUAAAUGCCUUGUAGGAAACACAAUGCUUGCAUUUAAAUGCUUCCAGCCAGGACAACGCAUGUAUCAAAAAGCUCUGGGAAGAGUCGGGAACGAGCUGCUCUACAUCAUAAACACCCCCGAAUUUUUCUGGAGCCCAAACCAAGACCCAGAAACCAAUGCUAUAGAGGCAAUGAAGCCAUCGUACCCCGGUUCACGCAUGUUCCUGCUGGUACUUCAAAAUAAACAACUCUCCAAUGAAGAAAUGGAGAUGUUCACCAAACUGAAGGAGAGAUUUGGAGAGAAGAUAGUGGAAAACAUCACUGUGGUGCUGAUCGAUAGCAAAGAGUCAUCAGAAGUGUCUCGCGACACAGCAAAUGCCAGUCUCAAACAGAUUUUGCACGAAUGUAAUGAAAGAAUGUGUGUUUUCAGCAAAGAUAUGAGAGGAGUCGAUCUGGUCGGACAACUUCUGCCAGAGAAACCAGAUGAGGAUCUUGACAGGUCAAAUGUUGACAACAAUAAGCAAAUUAAUCCAGAGGAAAAAGACAAGUCAGAGCAGCCAAAGCCUAUGCAAGAGGAGAGCAUGACCAUUCAGCCAUCUGGGGGUGAAGGCAUGACCACUAUGGUGCUGCUGGGAUUAAACAGCGAUGAUAAGUGUCUGAUAGGCAACAGUAUCCUCCAGCAUGACUGUUUUACACCUGGAAGAACCAUCUGUGAUCGGGUUGUGGCUCGAGUAGGCGAUCAGAUGGUCUGUAUUGUCAACACCCCAGACCUUUUUGUCUUCAAACCAAGACCUGACCUGAUAGCAGACAGUAUGGAAGAGAUGCAGCCAACAUACACAGGUCCACGCGUGUUCCUCAUGGUACUGCAGGACAAAACACUCACGCAUGAAGAGAUGGAGAUGAUCGCAGAUUUAAUAGAGAAAUUUGGAGAGAAACUGCUUAAGAAUAUGCUAGCGGUGCUCAUUGGCAGCAAAGAUGAUAAAUCUGAAAAGUGUGAAAUUGAGGAGAACCUCAAAAUGUUUUUAGACGAGUGUAAGGAGAAUAUAUAUGUGUAUAGGAGCGAUGUGAAAAGCACUGAUUUGGUCGAACAGCUUAUGGGAAAAGGAAAAACACAGGAAUCGGAGAAGAACUAAACAUCCGGAAAAGAUAUCUGAUCAAGGUUAUAUGUUACAGGUUUAUACACAGUUGAAGUCAAAAUUAUUCACCCUUCUAAUUUUCUUCUGUGAUAAAUAUUUCUCAACGGAAAAUUUUUCACAGUA